UGAGGUGAGGGAUCGUAGGAGGACUGGGGCCUCGGCUGCAGCACGAGGGUGUUACGGGGUCUGAGGACCAGGAGGCCACUUGACUCUCUUCCUUCUUAUGACUUGGGAAAAACCAAGGUCACUCGGGACAUCAGCACCUGUUUUUCGUGGCAGUGCAGGACCCAGGUGCCUCCUAUAGGUCACUGACACCUGCACAGCUUCUGACUGUCCCACUGGACUUUGACUCACGUGCGACCUGGUCCUGAAGAAUCAGAGUUGCCUCUGCUUUGUAGAGACUCAACUUUCCAAAAGAAACUCUAUGGCGGAGAAGGGCGCUUCCCGAGGGGCCGUGCGGAAGUUCUGGUCACUGUCAAGGAGGCGACGGGGAGCCUCAGGGCGCGAGAAGCCAGAUGAAAUCAUGCACCAGGACAUUGUCCCGCUCUGCGCCGCUGACAUCCAGGAGCAGCUGAAGAAGCGCUUUGCUUACCUGUCUGGUGGGCGGGGGCAGGACGGCAGCCCAGUCAUCACCUUCCCCGACUACCCAGCCUUCAGCGAGAUCCCGGACAAGGAGUUCCAGAAUGUCCUGACCUAUCUCACCAGCAUCCCCAGCUUGCAAGAUGUGGGCAUCGGAUUCAUCCUGGUCAUAGACCGAAGGCAGGACAAAUGGACUUCCGUGAAGGCGUCGGUCCUGCGAAUAGCCGCAUCUUUCCCAGCAAACCUGCAGCUCGUCCUUGUUCUUCGCCCAACGGGGUUUUUCCAGAGAACUCUCUCGGACAUCGCCUUCAAGUUCAAUAGAGAUGACUUUAAGAUGAAGGUGCCGGUCAUAAUGCUAAGCUCAGUGCCAGAACUGCAUGGCUACAUCGAUAAGUCACAGCUGACCGAGGACCUCGGGGGGACCCUGGACUACUGCCACUCCCGGUGGUUGUGCCACCGCACGGCGAUCGAAAGCUUCGCGCUCAUGGUGAAGCAGACAGCUCAGAUGCUGCAGGCCUUCGGGACCGAGCUGGCCGAAACCGAGCUGCCCAAUGAUGUCCAGUCAACAAGCUCGGUGCUGUGUGCACACACGGAGAAGAAGAACAAGGCAAAGGAGGACCUGCAGCUGGCGCUGAAGGAGGGGAAGAGCAUCCUGGAGAGCCUCAGGGAGCCGCUGGCCGAGAGCACGGCCCUCAGUGUGAACCAGGAUCAGUUGGACAACCAGGCCACUGUGCAGAGGCUCCUGGCCCAGCUGAAUGAAACCGAGGCCGCCUUUGAUGAGUUCUGGGCAAAGCAUCAGCAAAAGCUGGAACAGUGCCUACAGCUGCGACACUUCGAGCAGGGUUUCCGGCAGGUCAAAGCCUCCUUGGACACAGUGUCCCAGAAGAUGGUCGCCUUCACCGACAUCGGCAACAGCCUGGCACACGUGCAGCACCUGCUGAAGGACCUGGCCAGCUUCGAGACCAAGUCCAGUGUGGCUGUGGACAGGGCCCGAGCCCUGUCCCUGGAGGGCCAGCAGCUCAUCGAAAGCAAGCACUACGCUGUGGACUCCAUUCACCCUAAGUGCGAGGAGCUCCAGCACCUCUGCGACCACUUUGUGGCAGAGCUCAGCAAGAGGAGAGGGCUGCUCGGCAAGUCCCUGGAGCUGCACAGCCUCCUGGAGACGUCCAUGAAGUGGUGCGAUGAGGGUAUCUUCCUGCUGGCCUCGCAGCCCGUGGACAAAUGCCAGUCCCAGGACGGUGCUGAAGCAGCCCUCCAGGAGAUUGAGAAGUUUCUGGAGACUGGUGCAGAAAAUAAGAUCCAGGAGCUCAAUAAAAUUUACAAGGAAUAUGAAUCCAUCCUCACCCAGGACCUCAUGGAACAUGUGCAAAAGGUCUUUCAGAAGCAAGAGAGCAUGCAGGAGAUGUUUCACCGCAGGCAGGCCAGCCUGAAGAAGCUGGCGGCCAAGCAGACACGGCCUGUGCAGCCGGUGGCCCCUAGGCCAGAGGCGCUCACAAAGUCGCCGUGCCCCUCCCCAGGUGGCUGGAGAGGAUCCGAGAACUCUGGCUCUGAGGGCAGUGCACUCCGGAGGGGGCCCUACAGGAGAGCCAAGAGUGAAAUGAGUGAGAACCGACAGGGCCGGGCCAGCUCCACGGGGGACGAGGAAGAGAGCCUGGCCAUCCUGCGCAGGCACGUGAUGAAUGAGCUCCUGGAUACAGAGCGGGCCUACGUGGAGGAGCUGCUCUGCGUCCUGGAGGGCUAUGCUGCGGAGAUGGACAACCCCCUGAUGACACACCUCAUCUCCUCAAGCCUGCACAACAAGAAGGAGAUUCUGUUUGGGAACAUGGAGGAGAUCUACCACUUCCACAACAGGAUCUUCCUACGGGAGCUGGAGAGCUGCAUAGACUGCCCGGAGCUGGUGGGGAGGUGCUUCCUGGAGCGGAUGGAGGACUUCCAGAUCUAUGAGAAGUACUGUCAGAACAAGCCGCGGUCUGAGAGCCUGUGGAGACAGUGUUCUGACUGUCCCUUCUUCCAGGAAUGCCAGAAGAAGCUAGACCACAAGCUGAGCCUGGACUCCUACCUGCUGAAGCCCGUGCAGAGGAUAACCAAGUACCAGCUGCUGCUCAAGGAAAUGUUGAAAUACAGCAAGAACUGCGAGGGGGCCGAGGACCUGCAGGAGGCACUCAGCUCCAUCCUGGGCAUUCUCAAGGCUGUGAACGACUCCAUGCACCUCAUCGCCAUCACUGGCUAUGAUGGAAACCUCAGUGACCUGGGCAAGCUGCUGAUGCAGGGCUCCUUCAGUGUGUGGACAGACCACAAGAAGGGCCACACCAAGGUGAAGGAGCUGGCCAGGUUCAAGCCCAUGCAGCGCCACCUGUUUCUGCAUGAGAAGGCCGUGCUCUUCUGCAAGAAGAGGGAGGAGAAUGGGGAGGGCUAUGAGAAGGCCCCGUCCUACAGCUACAAGCAGUCCUUGAAUAUGACUGCGGUUGGCAUCACAGAGAAUGUGAAGGGUGACGCUAAGAAGUUUGAGAUCUGGUACAAUGCCAGAGAAGAGGUCUACAUCAUCCAGGCACCCACUCCUGAAAUUAAAGCAGCAUGGGUGAGUGAAAUUCGGAAAGUGCUGACCAGCCAGCUGCAGGCCUGCAGAGAAGCCAGCCAGCACAGAGCCCUAGAGCAGUCCCACAGCCUGCCUCUGCCUGCGCCAGCCAGCACCAGCCCCUCAAGAGGGAGCACCAGAAACAUCAAGAAACUGGAAGACAGGAAAACAGACCCCCUGAGCCUGGAAGGAUACGUGAGUUCAUCAUUGCCCAAGCCUCCUGAGAAGGGCAAAGGUUGGAGCAAAACGUCCCACUCCCUGGAGGCCCCCGAGGACGAUGGCGGCUGGUCAAGUGCCGAGGAGCCCAUUAACUCAUCUGAUGCAGAGGAAGAUGGCGGUGUGGACCCCAAGAAGCUGGUUCCUGGAAAAUACACGGUCAUAGUGGAUGAUGAGAAGGGGGACCUGGAGACCCUCGCUGUGAGGAGCGGGGACGUGGUAGAAGUGGUGGAGGAGGGUGCCGAGGGGCUCUGGUAUGUCCGGGACCUGACCAGCAGCAAGGAGGGUUGGCUGCCGGCCAGCAACCUGUGUGCUGUCCUGGGCAAAUCCAGCUCCGCCCAGUGUCUGAGCAGCUCAGAGUCGAGCCCGGGGUCAGCCGUGCUGAGUAACUCCUCCAGCUGCAGCGAGGGUGUCCCCGCACCCUUCCCUGACCUCCAGGGGUAGCACCGGGCUCUGCGGACCACCAGGCCACCAUGCAGUAGGUCAUCAUGCAACUCUCCGAGUUUCCUUUUGCUUGGGCUUGCUUAGUUGGGCCAGGGACAGUGCUCCAAGAUGUCCACAACCAGGAGGACCCCAAUCAACCAGCGGCCAGAGGACCUCAGCCUCAGUGCGGAACCCGCCACCCCUGCAAAAGUGGCUUAGGGGGCAGUGGCCACCAGAGCUUCUGGAAAGUCCCGAGUGGACAGAGGAGGGGCUGCGGAGAGCAGACCCCAGAGGGACGGGGACACCCUGACCUGCCCUCGAGCGGCUGAGCGGCCUUUCCAUCGUCCCGACAUCUCUGGUUUGGUGCUUUCUGCAGGAAUGGUAUCCACAGGAGGGGACGAUUCGCCAGCAGUGGCCCGAGGAGGAGGCCAGGGACUCAUGUCUUUUUAAGGUUUUGAUUUUUGUAAACGGGGAUCAACCCCAUGGCCAUUUUUGUGGUACUUUGGCCUCAGAUCUUUACCAAGAAUCACUGUGUUUACAUGAAAUGACAAUUUGAUACUGUAUUUGAUAUAAAACUAUUUUUUGUUACGGGGUUUACAUCGAAGCACCUUGUUUCUACCACUAGAUGGUUUGGAGACUCUCACUGAAAUGCUGGCACUCCCUGGAACGUACCUGUCACAGGUGAAUGAAAGCAUGUCCCUUGGUAACUCGGGUGGUGGCUCCAUGACCCAAAGCAGUUGAAAGCCAAGGUCCUUGCACCGCACAGGUUUCAUUUUCACCAGAAAAUUUAAACUAUCAUUUAAAAUAUUAACUUCUUUUCUACAAAAAAAAGGGACUCAAUUUUUUAAAGUGUUUCAUUGAAUUAGGGGUUUUUUUUUAUUGUUUUUAAAGAAAAUGUAAAGACGCAGUUUCUGCAGGGCUUCUGUGAAACUGCUGCUGUCAACCGUACUCUCCCUGGGUCCCCUCCCCCAGCGCCACCGGUGCAGCCCAGGCCACGGCCCAGUGGGCUCCAUUCACACCACGGCCAGCCGGCUGCAGGGACUGCUUCUGUUUCCCCUUUCCUGUGUUUGCGAAACGCUGUCUGUGCCUGGUGGGGCGGAUAUUUUUGUACGUGUGUGUAUAUAUGUUCACCUGUGUACAUAAGAUCUGGAUGUAUUUAUCGUCUCAUGCUGCUGAACAUCUGUCACUUUAUGGUCCCUCCCUGUCCUGCCUUGGGAGGCCACACGCUUGCUCUCCCCUGUGUCACAGCUGAAGUGUCCUCCCCUCCUCUGGUGUGCACAGCCAUUGCUGACCAGGCCUCCAGAGAAUGGUAAUAAAACAGAAACCAUGCAAACACUGCCCGUUCUCCUCUGGUGCACGCGUGGUUAGGAACGAACGAGGGACUUGAUCUGCCUGGUCUGCUGCUCAGGCCUCUGUCCAGCACAGGCUGCCCACUGUGUGAUCCCUUCCUCAUAAAGGCACUUUAAACUGUCACCCUGCAUUCACUGUUUGUUUAUAUUGCCGAUGUAAAUGAAUCAUUAAGAUCAGAGCUCUUAAUUGUACAGGUGAAGUUUGAAUAAAUAAACCAAC